GCAAGUUGCAACCGCUCGCGCUAGUGCGCCACUGAACGUCUUCCGUUCUCUCCCGGCCCGCCGCCCAGCUACCGGCAUGGUCAUGCCACCUCGCAAAGCCCUGAUGACGAGCGCGCCCUCCGCCGCGCGCCAGCGCGCCCUCCGGAGGCACGCGCUCCGGAGAUCCGCUGCCGCGUUCGUCCUCGCCACCCUCGUGGCGCUGCCCCUCGCGGUUCUGUACCGCGCCGCCGUCUCGCGUCCGCCGGGGGCCUCCUGGGGGUGGGAGACCUCGCUGCCCUCGUUGGUUGCAUCCGAGGAGGAGGAGGAGGGCGCUGAGGACAGUGAAGAUAUCAAACUUGAGCGAGUACUAAAGAAGGCUUCAACGGGAGAUAAUACAGUUAUCUUGACUACACUUAAUGCUGCAUGGGCUUCGCCUGGUUCAGUGAUAGACCUUUUCAUCGAUAGCUUUCAUUCCGGUGUUAGAACAAAUUCGCUGUUGAAACACCUUGUUAUUGUAGCAUUUGACCGGAAAGCAUACGAACAAUGUGUCAAAAUCCAUUGCUAUUGCUUUGCUCUGGGAACCGAGGGUGUGGAUUUUUCUGAAGAGAAGAGGUUCCUGACUGCUGGAUAUCUAGAAAUGAUGUGGAGAAGGCUAGAUUUCUUGCGGCUUGUUCUUGAAAAAGGUUACAACUUCAUAUUCUCGGAUGCAGACAUAAUGUGGUUUCGCAAUCCGUUCCCGCAUUUCUACCCUGAUGUAGACUUUCAGAUUGCAUGUGACCACUAUGUUGGGAAUGCAACUGACUUGAGAAAUAUUGCUAAUGGAGGCUUCAGCUAUGUAAAAUCUAAUGAACGAAGCAUAGAGUUUUAUAGUUUUUGGUAUUCCUCACGAUUGAGGUAUCCUGGCUAUCAUGACCAGGAUGUAUUCAAUGCUAUAAAGCAUGAUCCUUACAUUGUAGGCAUUGGAUUGACAAUUAAGUUUCUAAGUACAAAGUACUUUGGAGGAUUCUGUGAACCUAGCAGAGAUUUGAACAAAGUCUGCACUAUGCAUGCUAACUGCUGCAUCGGGUUGAGAAGCAAGAUUCAUGAUCUGAGGAUUAUGAUGGAGGAUUGGAAGAGCUAUUUAUCCUUGCCACCAAAUUUAAAAAGAUUGCAGACAUCGGCUUGGAGGGUACCACAAAAUUGCAGUCUUUCAUCAUCGCACCGAUAAACCAUACUGACUUGCUGAGGAUCAAGAAAAAGUACAUGGAUGUUCAGUUAAGCAUGAUAACCCGAGCUUUCGAUUGAAUCAAUUUGGAUGGAUGGCUCGGUUGCAUAGGUGCGGAUGCAAUCAUGCAAUUGCUCUUACUUGGAUGAGCAGGGUGGCUGCUUCAAUCUCUGUAUCCCUCCCUCCCUCUCUUAAAACAUGGAAAGGAUCUCGUCAUUUUUCUUUUCGCAUGGUCUACCUUUUGUUUUUUUUGAAAGAUUACAUGGUCUAGCCCUCUAGCUUGAAGCGCCUAUUACGGCAAGGUGUCACAAAAGAUGGACGGAUACAAUAACCAUAGUAUCAUUUCCCAUUGGAUAAAUGCUCUGGAUUUCAUUGACAAGAAUCAACAUUUUGCUUGGCGACACCUACCACAUCAGUGAAUUACUCUGUUACUUACUACUGCUGGUCCGCUUGUUCCAAGUUCUGUAAGCGAGGCGCCGUGCGUUAGCAAUCACUAGACGGGCCAUUAAUGGGCCGCAACUAGGCCAC